AUGGAGACUGAGAAAGUCGACCGUGAAGAGAGUUGCUCAUUUGGGUUCUUCUCUGUCUCACCCCUCUUCCCACCCACUCCUGAUGAUGAAAUAGGGCGUUCAUCUUCAUGUGCCAGUUUGCAAACAGAUGACACAAGUGAGGUUGGACUAGAGAACGUCCUCAGAGAGCAGUCUCCUGACGCUUCCAGUCAGUCAGAGGAGAGGGAGGCGGAUGCCCAGCCCAUGAAGAGUUCACUUCAUUUUGUUGUACCUUUGCCUCUCCAUAAGUGGGUCCAGAUGGUGGAUCCACCUGAUUAUGACACCAGGUCCCUGUCAUGCCCUUCACGCUCACGUAGUGCCUCUGGAUGCUUCGAUCCAUAUAACUCCUUGGAGGACCAAGAUGGGGAACAUGUUGGUUUUGCUACACUGCCAAACCAAGUACAGCGAAAAUCAAUGAAAAAGGGAUUUGAGUUCACCCUGAUGGUUGUUGGUGAGUCUGGCUUGGGCAAGUCCACCCUAAUCAACAGCCUCUUCCUCAGAGAUCUGUACAAGAACAGAACUUUCUAUGAUGCCCAUGAAAAGGUAUAUCAGACUGUAGCAAUUACAAAGAAGACUGUUGACAUUGUUGAAAAGGAUGUUAAGCUAAGGCUCAACAUUGUGGACACACCAGGCUUUGGAGAUGCUAUGGACAACACUAAAAGCUGUAAAGCUGUGGUAGAUUAUAUUGUCCAUCAGUUUGAGCAGUACCGCAGGGGUGAAGUCAGUCUGAACCGCAAGAACAUUCAGGACAACCGUGUGCACUGCUGCCUCUAUUUCAUCUCACCUUAUGGCCAUGGCCUCAGACCAAUUGAUGUGGAGUUUAUGAAGGCCCUUCAUGAAAAGGUCAACAUCGUGCCUCUGCUGGCUAAAGCAGACUGCUUCACCCACUCUGAGAUUCAGUAUAUGAAAACCAGAAUUUUGAAUGAGCUCAACGAUUACAGGAUCAAGAUCUAUCAGUUCCCAGAAUGUGACCCAGAUGAUGAUGAGCUUUUUAAAAAGCAGCACUUGGAACUGAAGACACGUGUACCAUUUGCUGUAAUUGGGAGUGACACAACAGUGGAGAGCAAAGGCAGGAGAGUACGAGCUCGCUGUUACCCAUGGGGUGCUGUGGAAGUGGAGAAUCCUGCCCACUGUGACUUUGUGCAUCUGAGGAACAUGCUGGUGCGAACACACAUGCAGGACCUAAAGGACAUGACUGAGGAUUCUCUGUAUGAGAACUACCGCAUGCAGUUCUUGUGCCGACGAAAAAGCACUGACCAGGUAAUGAACAAGUCUUAUUAAAGAGUUUGUUCCAUGACCAGUGAAAAUGUUUAUUUACUAUGUUUUUCCUCUUUAGGAAAGUGAUAAUUAAACAAUACUGGAGGAGGACAGGGCACUGACA